AUGGAAGAAGAAGAUGAAGAAGAAUUCUCUAAGCUGAAAUUCCUGAAGCUGAGUUCCAUGUUGCUUCGCUCGUGGAAUGCUUCUUCUAAUAAUCAAUUUGGGUGUCUGGAGAAGUUGGAAUUGAGUGGUUGCUGGAAUUUGAAAGAGAUACCUUCGUGUGUGGAAAGCAUUCCGAUGCUUCGAAUGAUGGAGGUCAAUGACUGUGAUAAAACUGUGGGUGAAUUGGUGAAUAAAGUUAAGGAAGUGCAGAUGGUGGAGUAUGGAAAUUCCGAUCUGAAGCACGCUCCGGUGGCAGAGUCGUACGCGAGAAUAUUCUUCAGGAAUGCGGUGGCUGCCGGAGAAAUUUAUCAUUUUAGAAUCGGAAGGGAGGUUGUGUGA